CUCCGCCUCACAGCCAAUAGUAAGUUCGCUUGGGUCGGACCGACUCGCCGCGUGCUCCUCCGCUCCCUCCUCGCGCUGUUCUCUCGCCGUGCACGCGCGUGGUACCCACGGUCGUGUAGAGGAGGAGGAUGUUGCGCGUGAAGGGGAAAUGGCUGCCGAAAACAAGCCGGAAGGACUGAAGAAAGUUCGUAAUCCGGAUCGAAUGUACAGAUCAGCAGCGUGUUAUGCUGGCCACGGUCCCCCUAAGAGUAUCAGUGAUGACACAGAGACCAACAAUGAUCACGGCCAUUUGAAAAUAUACCUACCCAAGAAGCUGCUUGAAUGUCUACCAAAAUGCACCUCGCUGCCAAAGGAGAGACACCGGUGGAACACUAAUGAGGAGAUUGCAGCUUACUUGAUAACAUUUGAAAAGCAUGAAGAAUGGCUAACGACAUCCCCUAAAACCAGGCCGCAGAAUGGGUCGAUGAUAUUGUACAAUAGGAAGAAGGUGAAAUACAGAAAGGAUGGCUACUGCUGGAAGAAGAGGAAAGACGGCAAGACCACGCGGGAGGAUCACAUGAAGUUGAAAGUGCAGGGAGUUGAGUGUCUGUAUGGGUGCUACGUCCACUCCUCCAUCAUCCCCACCUUCCACCGCAGGUGCUACUGGCUGCUUCAGAAUCCUGACAUUGUGCUCGUACACUAUUUGAAUGUCCCAGCAAUCGAGGAUUGUGGGAAACCAUGCGGUCCGAUCCUUUGCUCCAUCAACACAGACAAAAAGGAGUGGGCAAAAUGGACCAAGGAGGAGCUAAUUGGCCAGCUCAAGCCUAUGUUUCAUGGAAUCAAGUGGACUUGCAGCAAUGGGAACAGCAGCUCUGGUUUCUCAGUGGAGCAGUUAGUGCAACAGAUUCUGGACAGCCACCAAAGUGCAGGGAGCAGUGUGCACCACAAGUGCAACAGCGCCAAACAUCGCAUAAUUUCUCCUAAAGUGGACCCCCGCUCAGGCGGUUACAGCACUGCCCACUCUGAGGUGCAAAACAAUGACGUGUCAGAAGGGAAAACCGAGCACAUUGUCCACGGUGGAGGCAAAAAUUCUGGAGGAGGAGGAGGUGGAGGAGGCAGUGCCAGGGAGAAGCGCAACGGCAAAGUCCACAAACCUGUUCUGCUCCACCAGAACAGCACAGAGGUAUCAUCCACCAACCAGGUUGAGGUUCCAGACACCACACAGAACUCCCCUGUCUCCAUCAGCAGUGGCCUCAACAGUGACCCAGACAUGGCUGACAGCCCAGUGGUUACAGGUAUGAGUCAUGUGGCGUCUGUCAUGUCUGGCUUGUCCCAGAAUGUCUUCAUGUCCGAGGUCACUGGAGACCCUGUCUACAGCAUGUCUCCUACUGGGGGCCCCAACACUCACCUGAUGGGAGCAGAUGCCACCUCACAGGGUUUGGUGCUGUCAGUGACCCCAGAUCGUCACAAAUUUGCCUUCCCUACUGGAGCAGUUGGGGAACCUGGAACUGCCACAGGAGGAGAUGGUCUGUCCAUGUUAUCUACAGCUGGGGUGUCUGAGGAACUGGUGCUCUCCAGCAGUUUGGAUGCUGGAACCAUCAAGAUACCAGAGACCAACAUGAACUUUGAUCCUGACUGCUUCUUGAACAAUCCCAAACAGGGCCAGACCUACGGAGGCAGUGCACUGAAGACAGAGAGCAACUCAAACUCAAACUCAUCAUCCACUGGUGGCAGCAACAGCAUCAACGGCAGUUUGCAGUGCUCCCCCUCGAUGUCAGACAAUAGCUACAGCUUCAGUGCAGCUUUGGUAAAGAAUAUCAAGACAGAGGAUACAUCCUUUGAGCAGCAGCUUGCCAAGGAGAGUGGCUACCAGGUGGGGUCAGUGGUAAACUGUGCCGGUGGGGUGUCUGUGUCAUCUGGUGCUAGUUCAAGCCAGGGAAACCUCACUCUGACACCAGCAGGCUCCCUGCUUCCUUCUGGAGGGGGUCUGAGCCCCAGCACCACUUUGGAGCAGAUGGAUUUCAGUGCCAUUGAUGCCAAGCAGGACUAUACCUCCAGUGCCACUACAGUGGCCUAUGGUCAAGCAAUGCCCAGCCUUCACAUGCAGCACCAGAACCGGUCACCAAGUUUCUUCCUCCAGGAUGCGUCUCAAACUGGCCAGGCUCAGCAGGGAAGGCCCAGUAUGGUUCAGAAAACUAAUCUGAUGGAUCACAACUCCCAUGACUCUGGAUCUUAUAUGGGUCUGCAGAUGGUGAAGACAGAAUCCCCUGGCACCAAUGGCCACCUUCACCACCACCACCAAACCCACCAGAACCAGCAUAGGUCCAACUGCAAUGGAGGCUCACCCACAGCGGGACCUGGGCAGGCUGGCUCUCUCCAGUUGCUACACUACCAGGGGACCUUUCCUGGGAUGGGUACUGAGCAUGAAGAAGUGGUAGGUCUAGAGCAACCUGGCAGUGUGAGUUCAGCCCAAGCUGGAGGCACAGAGAAUGGAACAGAGAGUCUCCUCAAACCUGGGGAUCACAUUCAAGCCUGUGGGGCAAGCAGUGGAGAAGGAGGUGGUUCAGAGCACUACCUGCAACAAGCUUCAGAUGGUGGAGGAGGAGGAACAGCAGGUCCAGGAGAAGGAGUAGCCAUACACAAUGGAAACAACAGCAAUGAUGGCAGCAACCAAUCCCAGCAACAACAACAGCAGCUACAGCCUCUCCUGCAAGGUACGAGCAUGGUCCAGGGACUCUACAACACUGUUGGAACCCACCAAGGCCUGGGUGGAACUGUGAGUAAUGGAGGAACAGGCGGGACAGGCAUGGAAAUCAGUCUGGAUCACUUUGACAUCUCCUUUGGUAAUCAGUUCUCUGAUCUUAUCAAUGACUUUAUCUCAGUGGAUGGCAGUGGAACCUCUAUGCCAGCUGGAGGGGCCCUAUAUGCACACCAGUUGGUAACGUCCCACAGCUCAGGUAGUCAGAACUCUGCUGGUGGGGCCCCCCAGCAGGGCCAGGAAGAUGGAGGCACCAGGAGCUCUGGCUACAGUCCGUCAGAUCUCUGUCUUCAGUCUUGCUGCAGUCCCCAAUCUCUUAGUGGAGGAGCUGGAGCAGGUGGAAACACUGGAGAGGCAGAAUCAUUGUCCUACAUGAAUGUAGCAGAGGUGGUUUCUGCAGCUGUAGCCCAGGGGACUCUGGGAAUGCUCCAGGCCACAAGCAGACUCUUCAUGGUCACUGACUACUCCCCUGAGUGGUCAUACCCUGAGGGUGGAGUGAAGGUGCUGAUUACUGGGCCUUGGCAAGAAGCUGGUGCAAACUAUAACUGUUUGUUUGACCAGAUCUCGGUCCCUGCCUCUCUGAUCCAGCCAGGAGUGCUGCGCUGCUACUGUCCAGCUCAUGACACAGGCCUGGUGACACUGCAGGUGGCAGUCAGUAACCAGAUCAUCUCCAACUCUGUGGUGUUUGAGUAUAAGGCCCGUGCUCUACCCUCCCUUCCGUCCUCUCAGCACGACUGGCUCUCGCUGGAUGAUAACCAGUUCAGAAUGUCUAUCCUGGAGCGUUUGGAGCAGAUGGAGAGGAGGAUGGCAGAGAUGGCCAGCCACCAGCAGUCGAGCAGCGCAGGGAGUGGUGGAGCUGGAGGAGGAGUUGGGGGAGCAGGGGGAGGAGGUGGAGGAGGCAACAACAGCCAGUCACAGUGUGUGCCCGGCCAGACGCAGGCCAGCAGCUCCUUUGAGAGCCGUGUCGUGGUGGUUUGUGAGAAGAUGAUGAGCAGAGCUUGUUGGGCAAAGUCCAAGCAUUUAAUCCACUCUAAGACCUUCAGAGGCAUGACACUUCUUCACCUGGCUGCAGGCCAGGGUUAUGCCACCCUCAUCCAGACACUCAUUAAGUGGCGCACCAAGCAUGCUGACAGUAUUGACCUUGAGCUGGAAGUGGACCCGCUCAAUGUUGACCACUUUUCCUGCACACCUUUGAUGUGGGCAUGUGCCCUGGGACACCUGGAGGCAGCAGUUGUCCUGUAUAAAUGGGACAGACGUGCUCUCGCUAUUCCAGACUCUCUGGGUCGCCUUCCCCUGUCAAUCGCCCGUUCUCGCGGCCAUACCAAACUUGCCGAGUGUCUGGAGCAACUUCAGAGGGAAGAGCAGCAGCCACCAACACCUCUACCAGCUACAACUCGCAUGUCUUUCUCUCCAGCACCUGAUGCUGCCACCACAGACAGUUGGAUAGUCAGCUGGGCAAAUGAUAGUGUAGUAACACCCAACAGCAAGAAAGGAGGCGCUACAACAACCACCUCCAGCACCGCCAGCCUCAAUCCAGAUUUGAGAAGGCCACGGUCAGAACCUUCCAACUACUACAGCAGUGAGGGCCAGAGGGACCUCCCUCUAGCUAAAAAACAUAAACCCAACCCAGAACUGUUUCAGGCUAGGCCUGACAAGGCCAUGUCUGUUCCUCUGAGCCUGGAGCAACAACAGCUCCACAAGCUGUCAUCUAGCCCCAAAAACCUGUCUUCAGAGGCCCUGAGCUCAGAGAAGGGCCUGUCUGGAGCAGGCAGCACAGGAACAGCCAGAUGGACCUCCAGAGAAAACUUCUCCAGUAGUGCUCUGGGGAGGAAGGGGCUGGGGGUCACUGGAAGCAGCACACUGGGGAAGGAGAAAUUGGCCAACCGGUUACGUCAGCGAGAACAACUCGGCAUGCUGGUGAUUGCAGACAGAGAGAUGGCUGAUGCAGAACUGCUUUCCUAUCGGGAUGAUCUGGAGAAUCAGGACUGUCUCACACAGAUGGAUGACCUGCAGGUAAAUAUGAUGACUCUGGCAGAGCAAAUCAUUGAAGCAACACCAGAGAGAAUCAAAAUGGAGAACUUUACCGCUGCAGACAGUGCGCCCUUAGACACCUCAGGGGUCAGCAACACGAUGAACUGGUUGGCCAACUACCUUGGAGAUGUGGAGCAGCUGCCGAGCAUCAUACAUUUACGAUCACUGUAUAAUGAACCCCUGACUCCAUCAUCUAACCCCAAUCUCAGUCCUGGGGGGUCUCUGCUGAGAGAGGGGCCCCUGGAGAGGCCCACACUACCCUCCCCAGCUGACUGGAGCGAGUUCAUCAAUGCUUCCAACAGCAAGGUGGAGCGAGACCUGGCCCAGCUGACUCUGUCCGAUCCAGAGCAGAGAGAACUGUACGAGGCUGCCCGCCUGGUCCAAACUGCCUUCCGCAAGUACAAGGGGCGACCCCUCCAAGAGCAACAAGAGGUAGCUGCUGCUGUUAUUCAACGUUGUUACAAGAAAUACAAACAGCUAACAUGGAUAGCCUUGAAGUAUGCACUUUAUAAGAAGAUGACGCAGGCCGCCAUCCUUAUCCAGAGUAAAUUCCGCAGCUACUAUGAACAGAAGAAGUUCCAGCAGAGCAGGAGGGCUGCCAUGCUCAUUCAGCAGUACUACCGCAGCUACAAGGAGUUUGGCAGGCUGAAGCCCCACCACAGUGGGGCAGCUGCUGCCCUGGUACAGCACAAACUGAGGGGCAGUCUGCUCACCAAGAGGCAGGAUCAAGCUGCCAGGAAAAUCAUGAGGUUCCUACGCCGCUGCCGCCACAGCCCCUUGAUGGACCAUAGACUGUUCAAGCGGGGUGAAAGAAUUGAAAAGGGCCAAGGAACAUGAGACCGCUCAGAGGAGCCCCCUAGCGAUGUGACAUCACUCUCCUGACUCCUGUUUUCUUUUAAUUUCGUACCCAAGACUUUUAACGAGAGAAAAGGAUGGGCGGGGGGAAGCAUCCGCGCAAGCACUGCAAUUACUACUACUACUACUACUACUGCAGUGUUACUCGUUCAACUAUUACUACAUGUGCAACGGUAUUUUUUUUCCACAUAUCUAUUAUUUUGGAGAGCGGCAACUUCGUUAAAACGGGUCAGUCUGGGGCGGGCGCAGGACAUUUGCUUCAUGGCAUUUUUUGCACUUUUUCAUGGAUUGCUCUAUCUUGUUUGGAGUAUGAUGAGGAUUUGGACGGUGACAAGAAAGUGGGACACAUCUGAUGAGGUCCUAUGUGAAACUCUGGACUCUUUCAUACAUUUUUUUUUAAAUGGACAAAUCAACUCAUUUUAAAAAGUUUUAAGUGACUCACCUACCCACUCCUAUCCAUGGCUGAUGACACAUGAUUCAAAUUAGCUCAACAGUUCCUCCUCGCACUGUGCUCUACCCCACCAGUCUGCCCAUAUGGGUGGAGCUACAAAUGAAUGUAGUCGGGGUUGAAACCACAUAGAAGCAAACGGAGGCCAAAACCGUUUUUAUCAUUUCUUAGGAAAUGCUUUAUCAUAUAAUGUUGCCACUUUCUGACUUGAAUUUGUCCCAUGUUGUCUUACUGUAUCUGUUCCAUCAUGUCUGCAAAAUUUGUGAUCUGUAUCUUCACAAGCUAUGUUGUUGAACCCUACCAAGAAAAAAAAAAUGGACGUCUUGUUGGCAAGAAAUGUCUUUGUGUGCUUAUGAUCACAUCUUUCAGCCUAUUUUUCCCCCAUAUGGUCCAUCUUCUUCUCCUUGCAUACAUCCAAUGGUAGUGAAGCUGUACGUUCCUGCUCAUUCCAUUUGGUUGCGGUUUGCCUCAUUCCAACGAUUGCUCCUCUGGAACUGGAGAAGAACUUGCCUAUUUUGCGUUGAGCGAUUAUGGUCAUGCAGGUUAUUAAUGUUGUUUUUAAAUGAACUUCAGAGCCUGAGAAGGCUUUUGAGGGGAAGAUCACAUGCAUUGCCUUGACGUCUUAGAGAUUCUUUGAGGGGUCCCUAAGCUUGUCCCAAAAUAGGGGUUUGACAAAUCCAUAUUUUUGACAAUUUAGUGAUUUCUGUAUAUAACGAAGGCUGAAAGUACGUAGGAGAAAAAAAAAAAACAUUUGCCCAAAAGGGAUUGUAUUUUAGAAAUAUAUUAUUUUAUUCAUUAAAAAUGGGACAAAAACAGGUACGAGACAAAAACAGAAUAUUUGUAUAGUUUUGUUUGAAUGCCUAAGAAGUAUGGUUGUAUUGUUUGUAUAUAGUGUAAAUAAGUGGGAUAACAAAAAGGAGCUAUGUGCAUGACAAAUAUGAAGAAAUACAAAAAAGGGGGAAAAACAACAAAAGCAGUAGUGGCUAUGCUCUGUAAAAUGAUUAAAACUAUUUCACUAUUAGAGUAUUUUAUUUUAUUUUGAUUGUUCUUGAGAAGAACAUUUUGCUAAAGCAUGAUAUUAUUGCAAUAUAAAACAUAAAAAAUGUAUUUAGAGUUAGGAAAUGUCUGCAAAAUUACCUUAAAAGAAGUAUGGAUAACCAUACUUGCAUUUCCCCCUCUUUUUUCUUCUUUAUUUUUUGUUGAGGCUACUAAGAAUAUUUUGCCAAUGAUGCCAAGGUAUGUGAAUGCUAAAUAGCCGAAAAAGAGAAUUAAGUUGAUUUUUUUUUUUCUUUUUUGCAGAACGGAUAAUCAUAAAGGGAAAUAUACACAAGCACUGAAGCCCAUAUGAUCACAACUGGCCAAAAGUCAUGAGAACAGUUAAAAGGAGCACAUUUUGCACAGGGAGUCAUUAAGCAGAAAACAUUUAGAGUCUGUCAUGUUGCCUCCUUUCGCAUUUUUCCAUCACUCAGCACAUCUUCACGAGAAUGAAGAGUUUUGUUUUUGUUGUGUUUACAAAUGGAAUGUGAUGUGUUCACUGAGGAUUGUAAAUGGCAGUUUUACCCACAGUGACCCUUUAAAGCAGCGUUCUUGCUCUCUGUCACAAAGAUUUAAUUUGCAUCUGUCAACGUGCAAUGUGUCGCACCACACAAGGAAUUUAUCAACUCCAGGAUGACUGCUGGUAGCUGAGAUGUAUUUGUCUCGAAAUAGCAUGUUUUAAUGGAAAACUCCCAAAUCAGCACCGACAGGGCCUAAUUAAUACUCUGUUUAAAUAAUAAUAAUAAUAAUAAUAAUUUUAAAAAAAAGGUCUGACUGGUUUUGUUGUUGUUUUUUUUAUUUUAUAUAGAAAAUGUGAGUAGCAAACUGUACGUGACUGGAUUUCUUUGUCAAACGGCUGAAAAUAUAUCACGAAAACAAACUGUUUUGACAGCCAAAGGUGCUUUUUCCUUUUCAGGCCAAAACUAAAACGUCUUGCAGAGUUGAGGAGCCAAACUAAGUGUCGUAACUAAUGUGUGUAACAACACACUGGUGCCAUUUAUAAUGUUAAGUAGUGACAGUACAGAACAUUUCGAAUGGUUUUUAAGAAAAAUGUGAUGCAUUAAUUAUUCAUCCAAGUGCAACUGGAAAGCUUGACUUGUUGUUGUCAUAAUUUUUUCUCCUUUUAUUUAUUUAUUUAUUUAUUUAUUUCACAGUAUUUGUUAGACCAAAUAUGUGUUUCUCAUAUUUAUUUAUUUCACUGUCAUGUUUAAUUUUUGGUUCUGGUUGUGUAAAAACUGUACUUCCUGAGUGUUUAUGUAGCAAGUGCCUCUUCAUAUCCACAUCACACAAAUCCAAACCCUUCACAUGAACACACGUGUGAAUAUGAUAUUCCCUGUUCAGACUCACUCCACCUUAUCCAAAUGCUGUUUUGUUUUCUUUUUGUCAUUAUUUCUGCUUUUAUCACAAAUACAGCUUGGUGAAAUCUUAUUAUUUAGAAAUGCCACUACUGGAGUUUGUUGCCUUGCAUUCAUGCUCCUGUCUGUGGAAAGAAUGCAUAGUCGAAAUGAAAUGUCGUGGCAGAAGGAGAAGGAUUUAUUAUGCUUGCAUGGGUAAAAUAGUUAACUGGGUGACAGAACUGCACCUAAAGCAUGCUUAUUUUCCUAGAAUCGGUAGUCUGAUAGACUUGUUUUAAAUGACUUACUGUUCUGUAAAACGAUGAACUCUGAUUUGACGUAUCACAGAACUCUAGAAGACGGCGUGUGACUGGAGGUCAGAUGGAAAACUUAACAAUAUCCAGCCGACACUCUACACCCAGUAUCAACUUAAGUUUUCAUAGCAAAGCAUGAGGACGAGCUUGUUCUUGGAGCAAACUCUUUUUAAAAAGAUUUUCUUUCUUUUCAACCAUCUGGGUUUGAUUGGUGUGCUCCCUGUUUCAGAUCAGACUAACGCUCCAGGUUGGAGUGAUAUGGAGGUAACACGUGAUUAAAAACACGCAGAGACGGCGGCGUGUACGCGGGGGCAGUGAAGGCAGCACGGCCGAGGGACUGCUUCACCUCCCUUCUGUAUUUUACUCAGGGUGCCAAAAUGGGGAGGAGGAAACAGAACAGGACGUGAGAUUCACAGCAAAAGGAGCUGAAAAA